ACAUUUGCUCAUUUGUUCUUAGUGAGUAGUUAUUAACUGUUUGGUGUAUAGCAAAUAUUAAAACUGUUAGUGAAAAUGAUAAAUAGAAAUACCUUUGUAGUUUUAAGCGCCGUUCUAUUCUUAGGUGAUGCAGCGUUUGUUGACACAUUAACCCAAUGUGGAUUAAAGGAUACACAAUGUCAGAAAAAGUUAUUUCAAACUGUCUUAAAAGAGAGGAGCAAAACGGGAAUCCCCGAGUAUAAUAUACCUAUUUUUGACCCAAUAACACUGAAAGAUGUGAAUUUGCCAGUAUUAGAUAUAGCAAAUUUGACUCUGGUUGAGGGGAAAAUUAAAGGAUUGAGUAGUUGUGUUCUCAAUGACUUUAGUACAUACGUCGACAGUGGUCGUGCAACAAUGGACCUUACGUGCGAUAUCACUGUUUCUGGUAACUACAAGGCUUUUGCGAGUAGCCCUCUUAUUAAAGCGACAUUAGGAGGUGACUCGAUACGUGGUGAUGGAAAGGUUAAAAUAAAAAUUGAGAAACUAAAUUUGAAAUUUGACUUCAAGUUUACAGUCAACAAAAGAGACGGCGAAACUUACCUGAAGGGUAAGAAUGGAAAACUAGUGUACAAAUAUGAGGUUUUGGGUAAAGUUGUUUUCGCUGCUAACAACCUCUUCAUGGGCGAUCAAGACGUCAGUGCUACUAUAACCAGUAUGUUAAAUCAAAAUUGGAGACUCAUCAUGCAAACAAUUGGAGGUCAAGUGAUGAACCGCGCCAUGGACAGAGUGAAGGAUCUUAUAAGCAAUCUCUUCGAUCAUAUCCCAACAAAAUAUUUCAUCAGUGACGACUUAUCUGCUUACGUUACAAAUUAAUUAAAUCAAAGCAGUUUUGUGAUAUUUUGUGAUAGAUUUUUAGUUAUUAUUGAGAAAACUAGUUGCUAUU